AUGAGUGCUAUGGACUUGAGGGUGGGAAAUAAAUAUCGGAUAGGAAGGAAGAUCGGUUCGGGUUCUUUUGGAGACAUUUACCUUGGCACAAAUAUUAUCAAUGGUGAAGAGGUAGCCAUCAAAUUAGAAUCCACAAAAGCUAAGCACCCACAAUUGGAAUAUGAAGCAAAAGUGUAUAAAACACUUGCUGGAGGUGUGGGCAUUCCAUUUGUUCGUUGGUACGGUACAGAAUGCGAUUAUAAUGCUAUGGUUAUCGAUUUAUUGGGCCCAUCCUUGGAGGACUUGUUCAAUUUUUGUAAUCGUAAAUUUUCAUUAAAGACUGUGCUGUUAUUGGCUGAUCAAUUGAUUUCUCGAAUCGAAUAUAUUCAUUCCAAAAAUUUUAUUCAUCGAGACAUCAAACCCGACAACUUUUUAAUGGGAAUUGGUAAACGUGGUAAUCAAGUUAAUGUAAUUGAUUUUGGUUUGGCCAAGAAAUAUCGGGAUCCAAAAACACACUUACAUAUCCCUUACAGAGAAAAUAAGAAUUUGACAGGAACAGCUCGAUAUGCAAGUAUUAACACUCACUUGGGAGUUGAACAAUCCCGUCGUGAUGACCUUGAGUCACUGGGAUAUGUAAUGAUGUACUUUUGUCGUGGAUCUCUUCCAUGGCAAGGCCUUAAAGCUGCUACAAAGAAGCAAAAAUAUGAUCGUAUUAUGGAAAAGAAAAUGACCACACCUACAGAACUCCUUUGUCGCACAUUUCCCAAUGAGUUUGCUAUCUAUCUGAAUUAUACACGGUCUCUUCGAUUUGACGAUAAACCUGAUUAUAGUUAUCUAAGAAAAUUGUUUAGGGAUUUAUUUGUUCGUGAAGGUUUUCAAUAUGACUAUGUUUUCGAUUGGACAAUUUUUAAAUAUGAAAAAGAUGCGAAUAAAGUGCAUAAUAAUAAUAUUAAUAUGAAUUUACCACCACCAAAUCAGGAUGAUCCAAAUGCUGCUGAAGAUGAUCAAAAACAACGUCUUGCUUCAAGACAAUUGAUGAAUGUAAAUGAACCCAUAACAGCAACAUCGCGCCGAGCUCAAAACAAAACGAACUAUGUUGUUGGUAUGGGUGGUUCACGACCUGUUCAAUCAUCUCAGCAAACAAUUCCAGUUGGCCCUUCUUCACGCUCAACACAACAAAGACGUAAUCCCAACAAAGAUGUUAUUGUUCCACCUGUACCUUCGGACCAAACAUCAAGACGUAAUCCCAAAGAUGUUAUUGUUCCACCUGUACCUUCGGACCAAACAUCAAGACGUAAUAUCAACAACAAAGAGGCUCCACCUGUACCUUCGGACCAAACAUCAAGACGUAAUAUCAACAACAAAGAGGCUCCACCUGUACCUUCGGACCAAGCAGCAAGGCGUACUAACAAUCCUGUUCCACUUGUACCUUCGGACCAAAUACCAAGGCGUAUUAACAAUGGUCCACCUGCAACUUCGGAUCGAUUACUUCGUAGCCAAACCAAGAAUAACCCACCGAACUAUAAUAUGAAUACAUUCCGAGUUAAUAAGAGAGAUGAUACAUCCGGUGGAAAUAGCAAUUGGUAUUGA